AAUUUUUAUUUUUAAACAUAAAAUAAUCAUUGUAGAGAUUUGUAAAUGAAGUCUUAAAUAAUUUAGCAUAUUCUUCGUGUAGUGUUGUAUCGUCUUAACGGCUCGUGAAGAGUUUUAAAGUGAAUUAUUACCAUUGGAACCGUAUUUUAAGGAAAAAUGGACCAAUCAUUUGAGCACACUCCUCUGAGGAAUAAUGAUUUACGAAGGCGAACGCUUUUGCAGAACAGCAUGCAGGUCAGUUCACCUUUGAGAAGGGCUAGCAGGACACCAACAUUGGUGGUUGCUUUGGAUAGAGGAAGUGAUGAAAUUGAGCGCCAAAGUCGAAGAAGUCAUGUGGAUAUUCAAAAACGAAUGUCCCACAUACCCCAGGCUCAAUCUCCUCUCAAUGAAUCAAUUAAAUUUAUUGAUGAAGAGGAAAUGAAAAAUCAUUUUCAGAUUUGUACCAAACUUUUUUCUGAAAAUAAAAUCAACACCAAAAAUGUUUGGCAAUUGCACAUCAUUGAUCUAUUAAAACAUAUGUCUCAGAAACCUAGUGAUACAUUACAAGUGGCCAGUACUUCCAUAGACAUAGGUGCUAAAGUUUAUGGUCUCAGAGUUGAUGAUGUUCAUGCUGAGGGAUUAAAAUUAGCCAGCAGCAUGUCAAGACAAUACAAUAAAGAAGCUAAUUUGGAUGAAAAUGGAGAAGGAGGUGAGGGCAACAUUGAUGGUGAAAAUACUGAACAGGUAGCAGCAAAGAAGAAGAAAAAAAAGAAACGUCUUACUGCUGGGGAAAAAAAUACAAUUUCAAAAAACAUUGAGUCUCUAUCGACGUCGUUACCAAAGUUGGAAUCCAUAUUCUUCUCCACUAGAAUUGACGCGGACACUAGCCCAAUAGACAAUUUAUUUACUAACAAAUUGAGAAUGGAUCAUUCAGGAUAUAAAUUUAUGCUUUUGAGUACAGAGAAAGCUUGGCCUGCUGAUGUAGAUCCAGCUUUAAAAUAUAUAGAAAAUAAAAAAAAUACAUUGCAAAUAAAUAUUAACAUGCAACCAAAUCUCAAAGUUUGUAUUCCCUUCAAUGAUUUUCAAGUUGAUGAAUAUGAUCCUGAUGAGGAGGAAAGACAAUUGGAAGCAGACAAGUCGUUGUUAACUCAAAGAGAAAAUGAAGUUGUUUAUGAUGAUGCUGGAAUACCAAUACCUGAGUUAGAUGGAUCUAUACAUGAUAAUUUUAUACAUGACGAAAUAGAAAUAGAUAAUUUGGCCGACGAUGUGUGCGAAGAGGAGGAAUUUUGUGCUCAAAUUCAAGGCGAAAUUGCACACAUAGUAGACCUUAAGCCCGAAGAAGUUUCACAUCGGACAGAAUACUCGUACAAAACAACUAUGCAGACGCACAAUGGGAGAAUUAUAGAUCAAAUAUGGGCAGGUCCCAGUCAUUGGAAGUUGAAGUACAUACGCCCCAGAAAAUCACGUUUUACUGGUGAGUCUGGACUGCAAGGGGAUAAAACAACAGUUCACAAACAACAAAGCAAAAAGAAAAAGCCAAGCGUCGUUUUAUUUGAAUGUAAUCUUGAUGAGCCCAAAAUAGAUAUGGACAAACGCUUAAAGGGUAGACGAAAGGCACCUGUGACAGAUCCACAGAAAAUUACUCUGCCAAUUCAAGAUAAAUCUUCUCUUAUGAUCAUAGAACAAAGUAGGGAGCUUAUUUUAAAACGGGGCGCAGAACCAAUCCGCAAGCUUCCGGAAAAAAGUCCAGAAAACGACCAAGAUGAUUAUGAAGUUUCACCUUACAAAUAUGAAAAUCCCAAUGAUUCCCAAUACUGUUCUCAGCCCAACGAUGAUGAUCUCGUGGACAAUGAUGAUGGUGGUAUUGACCCUGUUGAAACUGAAGAGAUUAUAGACGCACCUGCACAACAAAACUUCUUGGGAGAAAAUCUUGUAGACCUACCAGAGACGGUUCCAAAAGCUUAUGUACCUUAUGCUUUGCAUGCCAAGAAGAUGGACAUGAGGAAAUUAAAGGCAGCAGUUUGGCACAACAUUACCAAUUCCAAAGAACCACUCAACUCUGAAGCUGAAACCCGAGUGGGAAAAGUUGUACCUACGACUUUUGCGAAAUUAUAUAAUCAGUUGCCAGCAUUGUUAAACGAAAAAAUGAGAAGGGAACUUAGUUGUCCGCUUGCCUUUGUGGCUUUAUUACAUGUAUGUAAUGAAGAAAAUUUGGAACUGAGACCACAACCAGGCAACAAUAAGGAUUUUGAUAUAUUUGGGCCUUGUUAAAGUUUUUUUGUUUUUUAAAUGGAUGAUAAUGGUCGACCCCACACACACGAAAUGCCCAAAUUGCGUUACAAAAAGCAAAUGUGCAAAGAUUGAAUGGGCCAGCGAACUCACCAGAUGUGAAUCCAAUCGAGGACGAUGUGGGAUAUGUUCAGGUCAAGCAACUUUAAGGGGGCUAAAUCCACUCACAACUUGGUACUAAUUGUAGUAAUUCAAGGCGAGUGUGCCGACAUUU